CUGGCAGUCGGGAAGGAUCACGCCCCAGCUCUGUGGUCCUUUGGCCAGCUGCCAUCCCACAGCCAAGUGGCCUUCCUUCUGCGGGCCUCCUUUCUCAGGGGUCUCCCAGGUUCUUUGCACCUCAGAAACCUGGGAUGGUCGGGAAGGUCUGCGAGUGCCUCCAGCUCUGGGCAUCGGGGAUCCCCCAGAUUGGGGGAGCCCCUCCCGAGCCACGUCCUCCAUGCAUUUCCCCUUCAGCUCCCCAACAUGUUUGGAAACCUUCGCUCCACCUUCAUGUCCCUCAUGAUCGGCUCCUAUGCGUCAUCUGCCAUCACGUUCCCCGGAAUCAAGCUGAUUUACGAUGCUGGGGUGCCCUUCAUAGUCAUCAUGUUCACCUGGUCUGCCCUCGCCUGCCUCAUUUUCAUCAACUGCGCCCUCAACUGGCCCACUGAAGCCUUCCCUGCCCCAGAGGAGGUCAAUGGCAUGAAAAAGGUGGGGGCGAACGGGCCGGCCCCAGAGCACAAGGUGACCCGGGAUGGCUCCCUUGUCCCCGUCACCCCCAUGAGUGAGCCGCUGAACCAGAAGAGCCCAAACCCGGAGGAAGAAAGCCAGGCCGCUGCCAUUCCCGAGAGUGAGAGGGGCUCCCCUCUUUUUGUUACAGAAUCUGUCCCCUUUCGAAAGAGCCUCUUCUCCCCCAUAUUUCUCUGGAGUCUCCUUACCAUGGGUAUGACACAGCUGCGAGUGAUUUUCUACAUGGCCUCCAUGAACAAGAUGCUGGAGUUCUUGGUGACUAGAGGCCAAAAGCUGGAAACAGAAGAGGAGGAGAUGAAUAUGAAGGAGCAAGUUGGGCUUUACACCUCAAUCUUUGGCGUCAUGCAGCUGCUCUGCCUCCUCACCUGUCCUUUAAUUGGCUACAUCAUGGACUGGAGAAUCAAGGAAUGUGUGGAUGAACCCAGUGAUGCCAGCGUCUUAGAAGAGGCCAGGGAUGGUAUCGCUAAGAAGGGGACCAGAGUUCGUUACCGAAAGAUCCAGAAACUCACCAAUGCUAUCUAUGCCUUUCUUUUGACCAACACCCUGCUCGUUGUCUUUGGGCUCACCUGCCUCAUUUACAACUUACAAGUGCAGCUCCUGACCUUUAUCCUGCACACAGUGAUCCGAGGCUUCUACCACUCUGCCUGUGGGGGGCUCUAUGCUGCCGUAUUUCCCUCGACACAUUUUGGGACCCUGACGGGGCUCCAGUCCACCAUGAGCGCCAUUUUUGCCCUGUUGCAGGAGCCUCUCUUCUCGUUGGUGCUGAGGCAGCUCCACGGGGAUCCUUUUUGGGUGAACCUGGGUCUGCUCUUCUUCUCCCUACUGGGCUACCUACUGCCCUCCUACCUCUUCUUCUAUCGGGCAAAGUUGCAGAAAAGGUUCUCCUUGCUGAAGGCUCCGGAGGCCCACAGCUUGCAGGAAACAGCUGCCUAGGGGUGGGGUGGGGAAGGAGUGCCCCCCUCGGGAGACCAGAGGGCAGGAGGAGCUGCCCCAGCUCGGAAUUUCCACCUGAAGCACAGGCCGUGGCCACGGGACAUGGGCGUACAAACACAUGAGUUCUAUUUUUGUAGGAACUUGCAAACAAGCCAAAACCCCAAAAAAUAAACCAACCCCACCAAGCCCCAAAGACCCGAACCAUCCCACCACAGCCACCAGAAGCCAGAGCCAGACCCAGAAACGCUCCGCUGACGAUGCCUGCUCUAGAAGGCUUCCUGGGCAGACCCAGACAGGACACACGAUCUUCUUUUCCUCUCAGAAUCCCAGGGCUGCCCCGUGCGGGUAGAGGUGCCACCCUGAUGACAGACAUUUCUGGAGACAGUCGUGGGCUCAAAACAGACCCACAGGGUGCUCUUCUCCCCCCUGCCCAGGGACUGUGGUUUGGAGCCAGAAGGAGCCUCUGGGUCAGAGCCUGGAAUGGGGAGUCUGACUCUGGGGGUGGGAGGGCAGGUUCCCUCCUUUUUGCUACUGGGGUGGCUGCUGCUGCUGUGGUGGCCACCAUAGAAAUAAAAAGGGAAGCAGGAGA